GCAAAGGAAACGCCUUAGAGCAACGGGUUGGAGUGAUUUGACAGAGGUACGUUGGGAGGGUGGGAAACAGUCCAGGCUGGAUCCCCAUCUUUACUAGCUGAGCCAGCAGUGCCAGGAGCUUUGCCGGGAGCCCGCGGCAGAAACGGGCUCGCCAUGGCCGGGUUGAAGACAGCAAGCGGGGAUUACAUUGAUGCCUCCUGGGAGCUGCGUGUGGUUGUAGAGGAGCUGGGGACUGAAGCUGAGCCCCUCACCCUGCGAGUCACCGGGGACAUGCACAUUGGCGGUGUCAUGCUGCAGAUUGUGAAUCAGAUGGAGGUGAAGCAGGACUGGUCAGACCAUGGGCUUUGGUGGGAGCAGAAGAAACUCUGGCUGCUCAAGACCAACUGGACCCUGGAUAAGUAUGGGCUGCAGGCAGAUGCCCGUCUCCGGUACACACGUCAGCACAAGGCUGUGCGGCUGCAGUUGCCCAACCGGCGGAUGAUCCGUGUCCGCGCCAGCUUCUCUGAGCCUGUCUUCCGUGCUGUGGCUGGCAUCUGCCGGGUGCUGAGUAUCCGUCAUGCAGAGGAGCUGUCACUGCUGCGGGCACCAGAGGAGAAGGAAAAGAAGAAGCGGAAGGGACCGGUGCUGGAGACAGAGGAUGAGUUUGACCUGGGCGGGGUGGUGCUGCCAGCCAGCGCAGAGCAGCAGCCGUUCCGGGGAAUGCCGGCCCAUUUCUCGGACAGUCCUGCCACCGAGGCCUGUUACCGGAUGCUGUCAGUGAGCUGGGCUGGCCUGAGCCCUGAGCAUGUGCUGAAAAUGCCUCGGCCCAGCAACCUUGUGGAGAAGGCUCAGAUCAACAGCCGGUGGCUGAGCUCCUCGCGGUCGCUGAUGCAGCAGGACGUGCGGGAGAAUGAGCAGCUUUGGCUGCGGUUCAAAUAUUACAGCUUCUUUGAUCUGGAGCCCAAGUACGACACGGUGCGCAUCACUCAGCUGUAUGAGCAGGCGCGCUGGGCUGUGCUGCUGGAGGAGACUGACUGCACUGAGGAGGAGAUGAUGGUCUUUGCUGCCCUGCAGUAUCACAUCAACAAACUCUCCUUGAGUGCUGACCCCACAGACCAAGCCAAGGAACAAGGCCUGGAUGACUUGGACUCAGCCCUGUCCAACCUUCAGGUCAAGCUGGAGGGGGGGACAUCUACGUCGGACAUGCUGGAAAAUCUCACCACCAUCCCAGAGCUGACGGCUGUUCUCCGGGUGUUCAGGCCCCGCAAGCUGACGCUUAAGGGCUACAAGCCGCACUGGGUGGUGUUCAAAGAGACGACCAUCUCCUACUACAAAAGCCGCGAGGAGGCGCUGGGUGAACCUGUGCAGCAGCUCAACCUCAAGGGGUGUGAGGUGGUACCGGACGUCAACAUCUCUGGCCAAAAGUUCUGCAUCAAACUUCUGGUGCCCUCUCCAGAGGGGAUGAGUGAGGUGCACCUGCGCUGUGAGAACGAGCAAGAGUAUGCCCACUGGAUGGCAGGGUGCCGGCUGGCAGCCAAGGGCCGGACCAUGGCAGACAGCACAUACCAGUCUGAGGUGCAGAACAUCCUGUCCUUCCUGCAGCUGCAGAAAGCCAAUCCCGAUGUGCCUGUGGCACCUGAUGCCGAGGCCAUGAGCACCCAGUGGCUGGUGUCCCCCCGCUACCAGAAGAAAUUCAAACCCAAACAGUUAACUCCGCGCAUCCUGGAGGCCCAUCAGAACAUGGCCCAGCUCUCUCUCACUGAGGCUAAGAUGAGGUUUAUUCAGGCCUGGCAGUCACUGCCUGAUUUCGGCAUCUCCUACUUUGUGGUCAGGUUCAAGGGCAACAGAAAGGAUGAGAUCCUGGGCAUCGCCAAUAAUCGUCUGAUCCGAAUUGACCUGGCUGUGGGAGACAUGGUGAAGACCUGGCGGUACAACAACAUGCGCCAGUGGAACGUCAACUGGGACAUCCGUCAGGUGGCGAUUGAGUUUGAUGAGCACAUCAACGUGGCGUUCAGCUGCGUGUCAGCCGGGUGCAAUAUUGUGCAUGAAUACAUUGGGGGUUACAUCUUCCUGUCCACUCGCAAUGUCGACAAAGGCCGGGACCUCGACGAGGAGCUUUUCUACAAGCUGACGGGGGGCCAUGAGGCCCUGUGAGCACUCAGCACUGUCCCCUGGGUAGCGGGUGGGGGGAGAAGAGCUGGGGUCAAUGUUGACCCCACCCACAGGGGUCAGCCUCCUACCUCCCAAAUCAUUCUCCUCACCAUACAGAACUCAACCAGCCAACCAGUCCUUACACACAUUCCCAAGCCCCUGCCCUCCCCACUCAUCCAGCAAACCAAUCCAGCAAACCAAUCCAGCCUCCCAGUGCCUGCCCAUCAGUCCCCUACAGGCCACUACCCACACCAUCCUUCAAUGGCCUACACACUCCCAGCCCAACCUACCCCUUAGCCCACCCAUCUUCUCAUGCCUCUUGCCACCCCAGCACACCGGUAUGUGCUCCAUUCAGGGAAGGAGGGGACACAGGUCCCCUGCAAGCACCACUUGCCCCAGCUGCAUGUAGGGUGAGGGGGUUAAGUGUGGCAAACCUAGCAAAGAGAUAGUUGAAGAGGCUGCAGCAGAUGGAAGAAUUGAGUUUUUUAUAUUGCUCUCUCCCACCCUGAUUCUUCUCCAUGUCAUGGCUCUGGAGCUGGGCCCCACCCAGUGUGGGUCACGUGAGGGGUAGCAGACGCCCUGAAAAAGAGGAGGAGGAGGAUUUAGGAAGAUGUUGCCAGCAAUUGGUUUUCCCCCCAACCCACCUGCCCUCUGACUAGACCCUGCACCUCACACCAGCCCAUGGACACUUCUUGGCCACUCUCUGGGACAAGAUCAAAGCUACGGCCACUUGGAUUCUGCCACAGGCUGCUGGUGAGGCAUGUUGUCUGGGACAGCAAACUGAGUAAUAAACCAAGCUCUCACCAUAU